AUGCAAACGAUAAAGAAUAGAAUAUAUGAAUCUUUAAAUAAACAAGUAAAUGAUGUAUUAGUAAAUCAAAUAAUAGAUUUUUCAAGUAAAUCAUUAGAUGAGUUUAGUAAUUUUGUUAAAUUAAUCGGUGUAAAAGAUGGUGAAGAUUUAUAUAAAUUCAUACAUGACAACAAAGAUGGUGCAAAUGAUAAUGAUGAACCUUCCAAAAUGCGGCCGAAUUCGGCUGGUGAAUCAAAUGGAUUAACAAAGAGAAAGAUAGAUGUGGUUGAUGGUGAAAAGUCCAAGGUAAAAAAUAAUUCAAUAAACUUUGAUGAAUUAGAUGAACAACCUAAAAUACGACCUAAAAAUUUAAUAAAUUAUGAUGAAUUAGAUUUAAUUGUACCAAAAAGGAAACUAGAGCAAAAAACAACUAAACGGUUAUUUAAAAAAAUUAAAAAGGAAGAUGCAAUUAGGUUAAAAGAAGUACCUAAAGAAGAAAGAAGAUUUAUUCCACAAGUAGAUGAACUUGUUGAAGAAGAAGUUGUUAAAGUUACUCCCAAAAAAAAGGAGUCCAAAAUCGAAGAAUUCAAAUUUGAUUUAAGUAAACUUGAUUCAUCAAAAGUACAAAUUACCAACUCAUAUUUCUUUGUUCCACCAUUUUUAAAAGAUCAAAAGGAAUAUUUACAAGUAUUUGGAUCAAGAUCAAUCGAUCCCACAAUUAAUCCAAUUAAAGAUACAAGUUCUGAAUUAGCAUCAAUGGCAAGUCAAGGAUCAAUAAGUGUUGCCAACCGCAGAUCAAAAAAAGAAAAAGCGAAACAUGUAAAAGAAAGAGCUGGUAUUGUAGAAGAAGAGGAAGAGGAACAACAACAGGAAGAAGAAAUUGUACAAGAAACAAUCACAUCACCUAAUUUACGAAAAACUUUACCUGUUUAUUCAGUUAGAGAUGAUUUAAUCACUACAAUUAGAGAUAAUCAAGUUGUUAUAGUUAUUGGUGAAACAGGAUCAGGUAAAACUACGCAAUUAACUCAAUAUUUAUACGAAGAAGGAUUUGGUUCAAUUGCAUGUACCCAACCAAGAAGAGUAGCUGCAAUGUCAGUAGCCAAAAGAGUAUCAGAAGAAAUGGCAUGUAAAUUGGGAGAUUUAGUUGGUUAUUCUAUUCGAUUUGAAGAUAAAACAAAUGAUAAUACAAAAAUUAAAUAUAUGACUGAGGGGAUAUUGUUGAGAGAGAUACUAGCUGAUCCAAAUUUAACAAAUUAUAAUUGUAUAAUUAUGGAUGAAGCACAUGAAAGAUCAUUAAAUACAGAUAUAUUACUCGGAUUAUUUAGAAAUUUAAUUAUGAAAAGAAAAGAUUUAAAAUUGAUCGUAACAUCAGCUACAAUGAAUGCUAAUAGGUUUACAAAGUUCUUCGGAGCUGCUCCACAGUUUACAAUCCCAGGUAGGACAUUCCCCGUUGAUGUAUUUUUUAAUAAAAGUGUAGUUAUUGAUUAUGUUGAAAAUGCAGUAAAACAAAUAUUAUCAAUUCAUUUAAAAAACUCACAAAAUAAAAGUUAUACUAAUGAUGGUGAUAUUUUAGUAUUUAUGACUGGUCAAGAAGAUAUAGAAACUUGUUGUGAUUUAUUAAAAGAGAAACUAUCUCUCAUAAAUGCACCACCAAUAGACAUUUAUCCAAUUUAUUCUUCCAUGUCACAAGAUUUACAAAAGAGGAUAUUUAGGCCUAAAAAUGAAAAAAGAAAAGUUGUAAUUGCUACUAAUAUUGCCGAAACUUCGUUAACUGUAGAUGGAAUAAAAUAUGUAAUUGAUUCAGGAUUAGUUAAAGUAAAAGUUUUCAAUCCAAAAUUAGGUAUGGAUACAUUACAAAUUGUACCUAUUUCAUUAGCUAAUGCAAAUCAAAGAUCAGGUAGAGCAGGUAGAACAGGUCCUGGAAUUUGUUAUAGAUUAUACACUGAAUCUUCAAUUGAUCAGAUUUAUAAACAACCAAUUCCAGAAAUUCAAAGAACAAAUUUAAGUAAUACAAUGCUAUUAUUAAAAUCGUUGAAUAUUGAUAUUUUAAAAUUUCCAUUCUUGGAUCCACCACCAAAAGAUUUAUUAACUUGUUCAUUAUAUGAAUUAUGGUCAAUUUCUGCAUUGGAUAAUUUUGGUGAAUUGACUGAAUUAGGUAAGCAAAUGACUCAAUUCCCAAUAGAGCCAACAUUAUCAAAAUUGAUACUAUUAUCUACAAAAUUUAAAUGCUCAGAGGAUAUAAUUACGAUAGUGGCAAUGUUAUCAGUACCAAAUAUUUUUCAUAGACCUAAAGAAAGAGCACAGGAAGCAGAUGCCGCAAGGGAGAAAUUUAUCGUAUCUGAAAGUGAUCAUUUAACUUUAUGUAACGUAUUCAACCAAUUCAACAACAUAAAACGCAAUCCUAAUCAAUGGUGUGAUAAAAACUUUUUAAAUUGUAAAUCAUUAUUGCGUGCCAGAGAAAUUCGAACCCAAUUAAUCCUAAUUAUGAAGAAUUUAAAAAUACCAUUAUUACAUUCUACCGAUGAAGCAGUUAGAAAAUGUUUAUCAGCUUCAUUUUAUCAACAAUCAGCAAAAAUUUCAAAAAUGAAUAUUAAUGGGAAUCCUGAAUUCAUUAAUUUACGUCAUUCAUAUAUGAAAAUGUAUUUACAUCCAACUAGUGUUUUAUUAAAUAGUAAUUUAAGUUCAAAUUAUGUGAUAUAUCACGAAUUAAUAUUAACUAGUAGAGAAUAUAUGAAUUAUGCUACUACUGUUGAACCUAUUUGGUUAUUAGAAUAUGGUUAUAAGUUUUUUAAUGAAGAAUUUGGGAAAUAUAUUAGUACGCAGGAACUAUAA